AUGGAAAUUGUAAAGCUUUUAUGCUCGAAACGACAGGUGAUUCUGGCAGCAAUCAAGAAUGAAAAGGGGAGCGAUUCUGGGUCUGGUUACGUCAUUCUGUUUUGUUGGUUUAUCAUCGCGAACCUCCGAGAAUACGCGCUAGCUGAGGCAGCAAGGGACGCUGCGACCUUUGCCCGAGGGUGCCGGCAGGCUGUCAAAGAGAUCCGGCUCAAGAUUCGACCUGGUGAUCCCGACAGUUUCAAAAGGGUGCAAGAAAUGUAUCAAGAAGUGAGCGACUUGCGGAUUGUCAACGCUUUGAAUGCAUGCAAUGAUACAAGGAUGAUUUGCAAGACUUACCAGUCGAAGCAAGAAAAGCAGAUCAACAUCUCCAAGAAGAGGAAUUCUAACUCGUUGAGUGACCAAGGCUCCUGUGCAGGGAACGAGGCAUGCGAGGAGAAAGAUCAAGAAGAUUUCCAGAAGAACAAGAAAAUACCUCGAAAUCGGAUGAGUGAGGAGCAGCGAAAUCAGAAACUCGCAGCCAAGGAAGCCAGCUGGAGUGAUUUCUUGUGGUUUGCAAACAACUGUCUGGCAAAGAGGCCAGGAGCUCGAAUUCACACCUCUCUCCUCAUGAUUGCAUUCCAGGCUCACUUUGCCCAUGGAGGGCGACAAGGCGGAGAAAUCUCUCUAGGCGUCCUCGGUCAGUUUCUCAAUCAGUGGGAUGCAAGCAUAGGAGGAACUAGCCAUGGGGGAUGGUAUAGCAACCUCUCGUUGUCCUACAUCAUGAUGUGCGGGUGA